ACUUCGGAAACGUAACAAAUAAUGUCCUUGUUAUAUAGCUGUCAAGAAAAUCAUUAACAAAGGGUUCUCAAGUUCAUUUUCUAGGAUCGCCGGAAGAGGAAUUUCGAGGUUACGUCACGAAAAGAUUUAAAAUAAAUUCGUGAAAAUCUUUCAGAACCCUCAGUCCUAAGCAGGUCAAGCAAAGGCAGCAGUAAGCACAGCUUGUCAUGGGUUCUCUUAUCCUCACUGGCUUUCAUCUGUAUUUGGUUUUCUGCAUAGUCAACGCAAGGUUCCAGUUUAAAGAAGCCAAACCUUGUGAUUCUACCAAGUGUCUGCCUCCUAAAUGUCGUUGUAGCAAUAACUUUGAUCCUCCUGGAGGCCUUCAACGCAAAGACACUCCCCAAAUUAUUAUAAUUACUUUUGACGAUGAUAUCAAUACCGAGAAUUACAAGCAGUAUCUUGAAGCUUUUGAUGGGUUAAAAAAUCCUAAUGGCUGCCCUGGUGUGGGUACUUUUUUCAUUUGUCAUAACUACACCAAUUAUUUUCUCGCCGAGACGAUGUACUCCAAGGGACAUGAACUAGCAGACCACACAGUUACUCAUCAGGAACCCACAGAUUAUUGGAUACAUGGAAGUUAUGAAAUGUGGAAGAAUGAAAUCAAUGGCGAGAGAGAAAUUUUACACAGGUCAGUACUGAUUUAUUAAGGACAAAAUAAAAGG